GAUUUCACCGGACACGGAUUGUCAUAGUUAGAUCGGAACGAGUCGGUGAGCCGUGGGAAAACCGAUUUCCUCUUUGUUUUGAAACUAGAAAAAAUAAAACAUUGUUGUGGCUUCGAGUGUCGCCCGAUUGCAUACCCCGGAUUAUUCGUAAUCGAUUGCAGAUCUUUGCGUAGAAGACCAACGGAUGUGUUUGGGGUCUCGGCACCAGAGUCAUUAAUUGACCUAACGCGUGAGAGGAGUUCCGUAAAAGUAUCUGAAAGCACCGCGAUAUGGGAUGGAAAUCAAUUUUUCCUUCGAUGGUGAAAGUUUCGAAGUUCCAGUGAACGAGAAAACCGCAUAAAAGUUUUUUUUAUUCCGCUCCCGAAGUUGUUGAUGCUGUUAUUGUUGCCUGGAGUGUGUGUGGGAUAGCCUGGAAAUUGGCAGAUGCUGCAAAGGUUGGGGGUUGUAUUUUAAUUUUGUGCCCCGAAACCAACAGGAGAAUUUGCGUUUGAAGCUAGAUAUAUUCGCGUAUCGGUACCUGCUUUCGGCAGGAGCACCCAGAAGUGCUAGCGGGAUGAUGAUGGGUUUGUGUUCGCGAGCUCCAUCCACGGGGAGCAAGUUUCGUUAUUAAUUCUUUAUCUCAAGUUUUUGUUGUUCUUUCACUUUGGAAAAGCAUUGCCGGAGAAGUUUGCCGAGAAGUUGCUGCUUGGUGGUUGCUUUUUGUUGAAGCUGUUUGUCGGUGUUUUUGUUGUGAUUGUUACGCCUCGCUCGCUGUCGCUCAGCCCAGAACAGCUCCAUUUGCUAUUGGUUCCGUGAAGUUUUCUGCGGUGCUGCCUGGAGUGUUGUUGUGAAGAAACCCACAACAUACGCAAAGUUUAUCGGCGGAUACAGAACGACGAGUUUGUCAUAUUCUGAUUCCGUGCACUUUAGUAUCAGCAAGAGUUUCUAACCUUGUCGUCUUCGUCGUUGUCAGUGAAGGUAAUGAAUACAUAUUUUAAAUGUGCUCGGGUGACGGUUGAGAGCCAAGCACUCUUUCCAUAGACUUGAGCAUAGGUGUUAUGGGACGAAAAGUUGCAAGUGAAAAAGGAAAAACCAAAUUAUCAGGUAUAGAGUGAAAAAUGUAAUGGAGGCAAAUUCCAAAUGAUUGAAACGAAUCGUGAGUCCUUGAAAUAAAUAAAAGAAGAAGCUCUCGGUCCUAGAGUUCCCCGCUUGAAAGUCAUGUCCCAAUGAAGUUUGUUCCUAUUUCCGGGUGAAUUGGGUGGCUGCUGAUUUAUUUAGUGUUUCAUCCUUCGUGCCCGCGUUUGAGAUCAAAACUUGACUCAACUUCGGAACGGAAGGGGCGGUUUUGUGAGCAAGAUUAAGCGAAGAAGAAAAUAUACCUAGUGCUCCAUCACUAAAUCAAGUGGAAGAACCACCAGCAGCCGUUGCAAACUCAGCAGAACCUGAGUUAGCCACAAGGAUCUUGAACCCGCAAAUAAGGUCUUCCCUUGUAGCUUGUAUGUAUGUAAGUGCAGAAAAAGGAGUGAAAAAAAACCCGUGUUUAAAGCGACGCGCAUCAAAAGGAGGUCAAAAACGGUCGAGUGUUGCUGCAUUUUUUUUCGUCAUUUCUGUUGAACGAGAAGCAAAGCAAAAAAAAAUAGUCCUGCGACCGGCACAGAAGAUAGCAAACGGAAAAAAGGUUGGUGUUCGAGUAGAACGAAGUGAAAACAACCACCACAACCUUUCUCGAAAUUGUGGAAAAUUCAUCGUAGCUUCCUGCAAAUUUUCGACGGUCGCCAUGAAACCUCGACUUAAGCUGCAUAAACUAUCUGCAACGGAUGCUGCCUCCGGCCGCCGUUGGAAGGCGUCGCGGGGGCGGAUGGCAUCUCCGAAGGCCCAGGCCCUGACGACAUUGCUGCUGAUGAUGGCCCUGCUGCUUCAGACAUGUCACUGCAAUCUGCCCCCGAUCUUCACACAGGACAUGAACAAUCUGGCCCUGUCUGAAUCGACGCCCCUGGGAACCGUCGUCUACCGGCUGGAAGGUUACGAUCCGGAGGGAGGGGCCGUGUCCUUUGGGCUUCUGGGCUCCGACAACUUCAUGGUCGAUUCAAUUAGCGGCGACGUUAAGGUUAUCCGGCCCCUGGACCGGGAGGCCCAGGACACCCUGUCAUUUUCGGUCACCAUCAAGGACCGGGUCAAUGCGUCGUUCGACUCGGAAAACGACAACGUAGUCAACGUUCCGAUCACCAUCAUUGUCCUGGACGAGAACGACAACCCCCCGGAGUUUCGGAAUGUUCCCUACGAAACGGAGGUGCUGGAGAACGCCAAGCCCGGCACCACGGUAUUCGGCGCCAUCCUGGUCACGGACAAGGACACCGUGGGCGAGAAUCUGGACAUUACCUGCAUCCCGCAACCGUUGAAUCCGGACGCGUGCGACAAGUUCUCGAUCGAGGUAACGGAGAGCAGCCAGGACCGGUUAACGGCAGCGGUUGUUCUGAAUGGGCAUCUCGAUUACAACGAGCGGAUGAUCUACCAGAUCCUACUGGAGGCUUCCGACGGGAUGUUCAAUGCCUCGGCCGGGCUGGAAAUUCACGUGAAAGAUGUGCAGAAUGCGGCUCCAGUGUUCCAGGGCUCGUUGGCCGCGGUUAUCAAUGAGGACAGUCCCAUUGGUACCCUGGUGAUGACGAUACAUGCAAGGGAUGGCGAUCGGGGUCAACCGAGGAAGAUUGUCUACGAACUUGUUACCAAUCCAAUGGAUUAUUUCCUUCUGGACCGUUUGACAGGGGAACUUCGAACGGCGAAACCUCUGGACAAAGAAGCAUUGCCAGAUGAUACCGGAUUGAUUAUUUUGACGGUAAAAGCUCGGGAGCUCAUUGAUGGAGUACCCGGUAAUGACGAACUAACGGUUGCUAGCACCCAGGCCUCGAUUACGAUACGGGAUGUCAACGAUUCACCACCGAUGUUUAACAAAAAAGAAUACUUCGUUUCGAUGUCCGAGAACACUGCGCCGGGAACUCCGCUACCCAUCGAAAUGAGUGUGCAUGAUCCCGAUGUAGGGGAAAACGCUGAGUUUUCCUUGAGAUUGAACGACGUUUCCGAAGUGUUCGAUGUGGAACCGAAGCUUGUGACGGGAUCUUCGCAAAUUAGUAUUCGGGUUGCUAACGGAUCCUUGGAUUAUGAAAAUCCAAACCAGCGAAAGUUUAUUGUUUUGGUGAUUGCGGAAGAAACGAAGACCAACCCAAAACUAUCUUCAACGGCCACACUAACGGUAUCGAUUACUGAUUCGAACGAUAAUAGACCAAUUUUCGAACAGGACUCGUACUCGACAACUGUAUCGGAGACGGCUAACCCAGGCCACUUGAUUUCGACAAUUACGGCUAAAGAUUUGGAUUCCGGACAUUUUGGUGAUCAAAGUAUCCGGUAUUCUCUUUCCGGGACUGGGGCGGAAUUGUUCCACGUAGAUCCAAUAACCGGUGCAAUAACCGUUGCCGAAUGUCCAGCGGAGGAGGAACAUUUCCGGAAGCGUCGGCAAAUUCCGACAUCGGACGAGCUGAUCAAGGACUUUCCCACUUUAAAAAAGUUUAACGUUUCCACCGACGGGCGAACGGGCAUCGUGGAUCGCGCCUCGGACUACAUGGCAUAUCAAAUUUUCAAUGGUGGAGAAUCGAGCGAGUUCCGGGACGUGAAUGUUGUAGCACCACCAACCUCAUCGUCCAGCUGGGAGCUGUCAAGUGCCGAAGAGAGUGAUUCAACUACCAGCUGGGAAACGACUUCUAGCAGGCUAUCGGAGGACUUGGUUGUCCCUUCAACCACUGCUCGGCACAGCUCCAACGAAAUUAAGUCUUCUUUAACGGAUGUGGGCCCCGGCCGGGCUCCAUGUUUGGAUUACGAAACCCAAACCGUCUACUACCUGUCGUACAAGGCGACGGAUGACGAGGGUCGCGGUCAAACGUCGGUCGUGUCCCUCCGGAUAACGCUGCUGGAUGCCAACGAUUCGCCGCCCGUUUGCGAGAGUCCCCUGUAUAGGGCAUCGGUCGACGAGGGCGCCACCCACUUCGAGCCACCGCUUGUCAUCAAAGCACGCGAUCCGGACGUCGUUUCGGAAAUUAAUUACCGAAUAAUUGGCAACGAAGCAAUUACGCGCCAUUUCGAAAUCGACAAACGUUCCGGCCAACUGACCAUUUCCCGGAGCACCACCCUGGAUGUGAACCAUUUGAAGUCGGAAAAUGUGUUCUUUGCCGUGGAGGCCAGCGAUGGUCGCUUCACGACGCUCUGCAACGUCAACAUCACAAUCCGGGACGUGAACAACCAUGGCCCGCAAUUCUCCCGGGAGCACUAUCUGGCCUCGAUCGAAGAGAACUUCCCGAUUGGAACCAAAGUCGAGCAACUGGAAGCCAUCGAUCUGGAUACCGGAAUCAAUGCGGAAAUCAGGUACCGCAUUCAGCAGGGCAAUUUCGACGAUUUCGCCAUCGACAAUCGGACCGGGGUGGUAACGAUUGCCCGGAAGCUGGACUAUGACCGUCGCAAUACCUACCAGAUGGAAAUUGUGGCCUCUGAUUUGGGGACCCCGAGCCUUUCCGGCACCACCACCCUGACGGUGAGCAUCAUCAAUAGCAACGAUAAGGCACCCUAUUUCACGCCGACGACGCAACGGGCCGAAAUUAGCGAGGAUGCCCCGGUUGGGACCCUGGUUCAUACCCUGGUGGCCCUGGAUCCGGAUGUGGCCAGCAGCGAGGCCCUCGACUAUGCGGCCACCGAACCAAUUACGGCCGUGGACAAAAACGGCAAGGAAGUGACCGAGGGCGAUGUCGGGGCCGAGGACUUCAAGGACAUGUUCACCAUCGACCGAACCGGGAAAGUGUACGUCAAUCGGCGGCUGCAGCGGGAUGAUUUCGCGGUUGUCCGGAUCACGGUCCUAGUUACGGAUACGACGGCUCCAGCCGUCCAGCAAGGAGAAGGACUCCUGAUUAUUACUAUCAUCGACGUUAACGAGGAGCCACCGCUUUUUGUGCCACCGUGGCGCCCGGACGCUCCCCGCUAUCGGUUCCAGAUCCAGGAGGAACAACCGAUCGGAACCAUCCUGACGACGAUGCAAGCAACAGAUGCCGACUCGACGGUUGCCGAGUACCGGAUGACAGAUAACGGCUACUUCGAGAUAGACAACACUACCGGAUUGAUUCGCAGCAAAUCCCGCAUCGACUACGAACAAAUCGCGGUCAUAAAAUUCAACGUGACAGUCGUGGACACAGGCAUCCCGCAGCUGUCCUCCACGGCCGAGGUCACGGUUGACAUCAUCAAUGCAAACGACAACGAUCCCCAUUUCGAGGCGCCCCAGUACUCGAUGACGGUACCGGAAAAUGCCCCGAUCGGAACGAAAGUUGGAACUGUGAAGGCACGGGAUGCCGAUUCCGGCAGCUACGGGGAGAUAACUUACUCGCUCGUUGGAGACCGCGCCGCAGCUGCCUUCUCUCUGGAUCCGGACACCGGGCUGCUUUCGGUGCGGAACAGCUCGGCCCUGGACCGGGAACGGGAACCGGAAAUCGGGCUGACCGUCAUUGCCGCCGAUAGGGCUCCGGAAGCGACGCGACGCUCCACCACCGCUCCCAUUUCGAUUCGGAUCCUGGACGAGAACGACAACGCGCCCAUCUUCUCGCAGAAGAUAUAUCACGCUACCGUGGCGGAAAAUGCGGCACUCAAUCCACCGGCAGCAAUAUUGCAGGUCAGCGCCUCGGAUCCGGACGAGGGCCCAGCCGGGGACGUCAAGUACAGCAUCGUUCGCAGUGACAUCGAGAACACCUUCCGUCUGGAUGCCAAUUCCGGCAUCCUCUAUCCGGGCGUUAGUUUGCUAGGGCUGAACGGUCAGUACUCGAUUGAAAUCGAAGCCAGGGAUGGGCUCGGUUCCGGUCCGCACAGCGAUACGGCCGAAAUCAGGAUCGAAAUUCAAAGCAUCAACCAGCAUCGGCCAGUUUUCAUCAUGCCGGCUCUGUUCAAUGCAACCGUGGAGAUUCCGGAGAACCUAGCAAUGACGGAUUACCUGGUGAUGACGGUCAAAGCCACGGACAACGACGACGGAUCCAAUGGAAAGGUCCUGUACCAUCUGCAGGUCAACAAUCGAAACGUGCAAGAAACGGACGAGUUCAGCAUCAACGAGAUGUCCGGGGAGCUGCGGAUCCGAAAACCGCUGGACCGGAAGAAACAGCCCCGCUUUCAGCUGAUCCUGGUGGCCCGGGAUCAGGGUACUCCGUCGGCCUUCGAGACGCUUCGCUUCCUGACGGUGCUGCUGGUGGACGUGAACGAGAAUCAUCCGGAGUUCCCGGACGCUUCCAAUCCUUACAAGUUGUUCAUCGCGGAGAAUGGUCCCCGGGAUAUACGGAUCGGGAAGAUUCAAGCCUUCUACGAUAGCCCGGAUCCAAAAAUCUACUACUACAUGUUGCUGGGCAACGAAGAUGGGGCGUUCUAUUUAGACAAAAACACCGGUGACAUCUUCACGAACAAGUCCUUGGAUCGGGAGGAGAUGGACAUGUAUGCCUUGUACAUCCAGGCUAGUAAAAAGUCAGAUUUACUGAUCAGUGAAAGGGACCGGAUGAUGAUGUCGAUCAAGAAGCUAGAGCGAGACAGUACAGUGGCCAAAGUUUGGGUUACGGUGUUGGAUGUGAACGAUAAUCCUCCGGUGUUCAAGCAGGAUGUUUACUAUGCCGGCGUGAGCUCCAAGGCAGCGAUCAACGAGUUGGUUACGAUUGUCAACGCAACCGACAAAGAUUCGGGGGCAAAUUCUACAAUGGAUCUCUUCAUCAGUGGUUCAUUCCUGUACAAAUACGGUGCCACCAAAACCACAGGCAGCAUAGUGCCAAGUCCUUUCACCAUCACCAAGGAAGGCCGAAUCGCGACGGCCAACUACAUGGCCGAAUAUAACCAGGACCGCUUCAUCCUGGAAGUGGUGGCCAAGGAGGUGGAAUCGCCGGAACGGGUCGCGACGGCCAAGGUUUACGUUUGGAUUUUCAACCCGGAGCAGCUGGUUCGCGUCAUCCUGUCCAGGCCGCCUUCCGAGGUGCAUUUGGAGCGGGACGAGAUCGUGUCGGAGCUGUCGAAUGCCACCCAGAAGAUGAUCAUCGUCGAUGAGAUCCGCUACCAUGUGGACAGCAUGGGCCGGAUUCGAAUGGAUUGGUGCGAUAUGUACAUCCACGCGAUCGAUAUGGAAACCCAGUCGAUCGUGCCGGUGGAAGAGAUUCUGAAGGAGAUCGAUGCCAAAUAUGACUUCUUACAGGAUUACAACGCAGGCUUUUCGAUCGAGAACGUCGUCCCGGCGUACGUCACCACGGCCCAGGACGAGUUCGAUUUGGCUCUGGCGGCGAUAAUCGCCCUGCUGAUAGUGCUUUUUGUGGGUGCCGUCAGCUUCAUCGUCCUCUGCUGCUGUCUCAAGCACUGGGUCAUCACGAUACCGAACGAAACCAGACGAAAGGACGCUCUCAUCAAGAAGCAGAUUAUCGAGGAUUUGAACACUACCGAGAAUCCACUCUGGAUUGAGCAAAAACUGAAGCUGUACGAGGAACAAGAACUGACGAUGCAAGUAUUUUCGGAACCGGAAUUAACGCAGCAGCAUCAGCAACAGCAACAACAGCAGCUAAACAAUUCUUCGAACAGCACAUCAUCGACGAUCAGCGGCUCCGGAAUGGGCGGAGCCGGGCUAGGUCUGGUGGGCGGAGCCAUCCUGCACCAGGAACAAUCGUCCCUGGUUUUGGCCGGGCUGGCGGAGCGGCGAGAUUCCUACGAGCUGUCCCAGGGCGGGGGCGAUAAUACUUACGCCACCAUUCAGCCACGGAAUUAUGCCACCAAUUUGAGUACGGUGCUGGGUUCUGGUGGUGGUGGAGGAGGAGGAACCGGAGUAGGAAGUGGAGGAGCUGGUGGACCGGUUCCCGGAAAUGCCGGAGCACUGGUGGCCGCCGGAUUUGGACUGAGCGGGGAGAUGGCGGACUAUGCGACGCUUCGGAAUAGCAGAGCUCCUUCGAACCUAGCAAUGACGGAUUACCUGGUGAUGACGGUCAAAGCCACGGACAACGACGACGGAUCCAAUGGAAAGGUCCUGUACCAUCUGCAGGUCACCAAUCGAAACGUGCAAGAAACGGACGAGUUCAGCAUCAACGAGAUGUCCGGGGAGCUGCGGAUCCGAAAAUCGCUGGACCGGAAGAAACAGCCCCGCUUUGAGCUGAUCCUGGUGGCCCGGGAUCAGGGUACUCCGUCGGCCUUCGAGACGCUUCGCUUCCUGACGGUGCUGCUGGUGGACGUGAACGAGAAUCAUCCGGAGUUCCCGGACGCUUCCAAUCCUUACAAGUUGUUCAUCGCGGAGAAUGGUCCCCGGGAUAUACGGAUCGGGAAGAUUCAAGCCUUCUACGAUAGCCCGGAUCCAAAAAUCUACUACUACAUGUUGCUGGGCAACGAAGAUGGGGCGUUCUAUUUAGACAAAAACACCGGUGACAUCUUCACGAACAAGUCCUUGGAUCGGGAGGAGAUGGACAUGUAUGCCUUGUACAUCCAGGCUAGUAAAAAGUCAGAUUUACUGAUCAGUGAAAGGGACCGGAUGAUGAUGUCGAUCAAGAAGCUAGAGCGAGACAGUACAGUGGCCAAAGUUUGGGUUACGGUGUUGGAUGUGAACGAUAAUCCUCCGGUGUUCAAGCAGGAUGUUUACUAUGCCGGUGUGAGCUCCAAGGCAGCGAUCAACGAGUUGGUUACGAUUGUCAACGCAACCGACAAAGAUUCGGGGGCAAAUUCUACAAUGGAUCUCUUCAUCAGUGGUUCAUUCCUGUACAAAUACGGUGCCACCAAAACCACAGGCAGCAUAGUGCCAAGUCCUUUCACCAUCACCAAGGAAGGCCGAAUCGCGACGGCCAACUACAUGGCCGAAUAUAACCAGGACCGCUUCAUCCUGGAAGUGGUGGCCAAGGAGGUGGAAUCGCCGGAACGGGUCGCGACGGCCAAGGUUUACGUUUGGAUUUUCAACCCGGAGCAGCUGGUUCGCGUCAUCCUGUCCAGGCCGCCUUCCGAGGUGCAUUUGGAGCGGGACGAGAUCGUGUCGGAGCUGUCGAAUGCCACCCAGAAGAUGAUCAUCGUCGAUGAGAUCCGCUACCAUGUGGACAGCAUGGGCCGGAUUCGAAUGGAUUGGUGCGAUAUGUACAUCCACGCGAUCGAUAUGGAAACCCAGUCGAUCGUGCCGGUGGAAGAGAUUCUGAAGGAGAUCGAUGCCAAAUAUGACUUCUUACAGGAUUACAACGCAGGCUUUUCGAUCGAGAACGUCGUCCCGGCGUACGUCACCACGGCCCAGGACGAGUUCGAUUUGGCUCUGGCGGCGAUAAUCGCCCUGCUGAUAGUGCUUUUUGUGGGUGCCGUCAGCUUCAUCGUCCUCUGCUGCUGUCUCAAGCACUGGGUCAUCACGAUACCGAACGAAACCAGACGAAAGGACGCUCUCAUCAAGAAGCAGAUUAUCGAGGAUUUGAACACUACCGAGAAUCCACUCUGGAUUGAGCAAAAACUGAAGCUGUACGAGGAACAAGAACUGACGAUGCAAGUAUUUUCGGAACCGGAAUUAACGCAGCAGCAUCAGCAACAGCAACAACAGCAGCUAAACAAUUCUUCGAACAGCACAUCAUCGACGAUCAGCGGCUCCGGAAUGGGCGGAGCCGGGCUAGGUCUGGUGGGCGGAGCCAUCCUGCACCAGGAACAAUCGUCCCUGGUUUUGGCCGGGCUGGCGGAGCGGCGAGAUUCCUACGAGCUGUCCCAGGGCGGGGGCGAUAAUACUUACGCCACCAUUCAGCCACGGAAUUAUGCCACCAAUUUGAGUACGGUGCUGGGUUCUGGUGGUGGUGGAGGAGGAGGAACCGGAGUAGGAAGUGGAGGAGCUGGUGGACCGGUUCCCGGAAAUGCCGGAGCACUGGUGGCCGCCGGAUUUGGACUGAGCGGGGAGAUGGCGGACUAUGCGACGCUUCGGAAUAGCAGAGCUCCUUCGAUGUACGAAUUCCGGGGGUCAACCUUCCAGGUGCAGCAACCGAGCGGGACCAGCAGUGGUGCCGAUCAGCCGGACUUUGUGACGGAACUAAUUUAAGUAGACCCUACCCUAUACAUGUAUCCCCGGUACAAACUUCCGGCAGCCGGUCAAUAAGACUCUCAAACAUCCGAGGUGUCCACCCUCCCCUUGGUUUGUGAGAGUAGGAACACAUCGAUACAACACUCUGUCCCCUUAAAAAAAUUGAUGGGGUUUUUUAAAUUUCCCAAAUAAGAUGACACCGUGCUAAUACGAAAGGGUCAAAGGCAGACAGAAAUGGGAACAGGCCAACACUUUUGCCAAACUUGUGUCGAAAUAAUAGGAAAAAAAAAUGUCAAACUUUCGACAAAUUUAUAGCAUCACCUUUUAUUUAUGUAUUUCUAACUUGGUUUCUUAAUGUAGACGUAGAUAAAUAAGAGCCCGAGAUGAGAGUGAAACAAAGAGAAAGAAAACGAGAUUUAGGUCAUUAGAAGAAAGAACUAUUAAAAGACAUUUUUCCAUUACUCAGAGAAGAUCAAACAGGUCAGAUGAGAGCUCAGUUUUUGAAACCCAUCGAGAAGAAAGUACGGAAUUUCAAUUUGCCAAUUGGAAAUCUAGAUCAGGUCAAUAUAACUCAAUUUGAAGCCGAGAGUUCUAGUUUGUAACAUAAAUCUAUGGAAAAAUGAAUCUGAAAAACACGAUAAAUACUCAUAAUCGAAAUGUUGGGUCCGGGUUUUCCUGAAUCCAGAACGGAAAAACGAACAUCGUACCGACUCGGGUUGUUUCUCAUAGAACUGAGACGCAGCUCCCAUUGAUAGACAAUAAAUAGGAAAUAUUUCUCAAAGGUAGUAUUUAUGACGGGCAGAUGACAGUUAGUUUUAUCAGUCCACAAACCAGUAGGUAUGUGGUGGUAUUUUAGUAGAGAAAAGACGUUAAAUAACGAACAAAUCAGAGAGAUUCCGUUGAACACUUGGCAGUUUUAAAUGAUAGUUCUUUUUUUUGUUUAUAAAUUUAUGAACAUUAACUUUAUAUUAAGUUUCAAGACGUAGGACGUGAAUUUUAAUCCAGGAGUAGCUUAUAAGAUUAUAUUUUACUCAGUUGAAGCAACGAAUUAAUAAAGACUUUUUUCAUUUUAACAGA